GUAGGUUUCAAGUGGGAGGGGCUUUCGGGGGGUGACGCGCUCCGGUGUGGCGGCAAGCGACCGGGCUGAGUGAGGAGGAGGCCAGUCGACACCAUCCAGAGAGGAGCCGCAGGGAUUUGUGUCACUUUUACGCUCGAUUCGCAACUCCUACUCUGUCGAGAUGUCCGACGACGAGCAGGAGCAGACCAUUGCCGAGGACCUAGUGGUUACCAAGUACAAGAUGGGCGGCGACAUAGCCAACCAGGCUUUGCGUCUGGUUGUGGAAGCGGCCAAGGCCGGAGUGUCUGUGCUCAGCCUAUGUGAGAAGGGCGAUGCCUACAUAAUGGCUGAAACUGGGAAGGUCUUCAAGAAGGAGAAGGACAUGAAGAAAGGCAUUGCCUUUCCUACCAGCGUCUCGGUUAAUAACUGUGUUUGCCACUUCUCCCCCCUGAAGAGUGACCCUGACUACACACUUAAAGACGGAGAUCUGGUCAAAAUUGACCUCGGCGUUCACGUAGAUGGCUUCAUUGCCAACGUUGCUCACAGCUUUGUGGUGGGAGCCUCUAAGGAGAACCCUGUCACAGGCCGCAAAGCUGAUGUUAUCAAAGCGGCCCAUCUGUGCGGCGAAGCCGCGCUUCGCCUCGUCAAACCUGGUAACCAGAACACCCAGGUGACAGAGGCAUGGGGCAAGAUCUCCCAGUCAUUCAAGUGCUCACCUAUCGAGGGUAUGCUGUCUCAUCAGCUAAAGCAGCAUGUCAUCGAUGGAGAGAAGACCAUCAUUCAGAACCCAACAGACCAGCAAAGGAAGGAUCAUGAGAAGGCAGAGUUUGAGGUGCACGAAGUUUACGCUGUGGACGUCUUGGUCAGCACAGGAGAAGGGAAGGCCCGAGAUGGCGGUCUGAGGACCACCAUUUAUAAGCGGGACCCCAGUAAGCAGUACGGCCUGAAGAUGAAGACUUCUCGUACUUUCUUCAGUGAGGUCGAACGGCGCUUUGAUGCCAUGCCCUUCACUCUUAGAGCAUUCGAGGAUGAGGCCAAAGCCCGGCUGGGAGUAGUGGAAUGUGCUAAGCAUGAGUUGCUGCAGCCCUUCAGUGUGCUACACGAGAAAGAGGGAGAGCUUGUAGCACAGUUUAAGUUCACAGUGCUGCUGAUGGCCAAUGGACCUCACAGGAUCACCAGCGGGCCCUUUGAGCCAGAGUUCUACAAGUCAGAGCACGAAGUCCAGGACGCAGAGCUCAGGACUUUGUUACAGAGCUCUGCAAGCCGGAAAACGCAGAAGAAAAAGAAAAAGAAGGCCUCAAAGACAGCAGAAAACGCAGCAGGACAGCCAAGUGAGGAAACAGAAGCAGCAGAAUAAAUAACUGCGAUGACACCCAUGCAAGAAGAGCCCAAAGAGAAGCAAGAAAUCGACCCCGCUGUCCUCCAGUCACUCUGAAGAGCUGAUUUCACAAUUUGUCCAAUUUAUAAAAGCAAGAACUGGAAGUGAAUAUUUCAUAAGCGACAUUCUGUUUCUUGAAGUCAUGGAUGCCAAACCCUUUACUGCAUUACAGGAAAGGACAUAAAGAAAGGUUAAGUGAGUGUGCUUGUUUCUAAAAAAUAAUCUACUUUACUGUACUAGUUACAGCUAAAAUAUUCACCCUCUAAAACAUCUAAAGCUUACAUUGGGCAUUAACGGGACUAACAAUUUGUUUUUGAUGUCCAAAUGUGAUUAAAGAAUUUUUGGAGCUGUUGCUUUCAGCACAUAUCCAAUCGAAAUACACUGUGUGUCUGUGACCAUGUUUCUCUCAAAUUCCUGAAUGACUUGUUCAAUCAUAUCAGUCCUAUUACCCUGUUGUUCAUCGGCCAUUUCGAUGGACAUGCAGUAAAGGGUUGUAUUUGGUGCUUGUCACUCAUGAAAACUGACAGAAUAGUUUCACAAGUGUAGAGUGCAAAUGACAGUAUUUACAAGGUUUGUAUGUCAUAGACAACGUGCGUCAUCUUGGUCAGAGAUCAUAUUUUUCAAAGAAAAUUCCCACUUCCAAGUUGCGAAGUGAAAGUAAAAGGGAAAACGGGUGUUGGGGAACAAAUGCUAAAUUUACUGCCAUUAAAUGUUGACGAGAGAAGCUAUGCAGAUUUUCUGCUUCUGAAGAGAGCUUCUCAGAUUUGAGUGGAGACCUUGUGGGUUCCGAUUUGUCCAAAUCUGCAAUCCUGCAUUGUAGCUCAGUCAGAGGGCAAAUUACUUUUCAACAGACUACAACAAACGUUUUCAUAUUCCUUUGUUUUCAAUAAAGGCACAUUUAUGCCUAACAUUUACAAUUUUCUUUAUUGUGAUGUGCAUUUCUCCUGGUCUCUGUCCAACCCAAGUGCAAUAGUCGUGAAUGGUUGCAUAAAUGUAUAAUGUAACUAAUUCUCCAUUAUAAUGCAGUCAUUCUCAAACCUUUUACACCAAGUGCCACAAAAAAUACUGAGCGCGCCAGUUGCCAACAUCAUGAUCAACAUUAAAAUACAGUGGCGUAUUAGGUCCAAGUGUUCAUGCAACUAUUGCAAGGCACUGUAACAUACACAGAGUAUUUGCACAGAAAAUUGUACUAAAAAGUUAAAAGUCCUGUAUUUUGGCUAUUUAGACCGCCAUAGAGUGACUAACUUGGACUUAGUAUAAAAGUGUAAAUUAAAAAAAAAAACACCUUGGUUUUGUCAUACGAGUACAGAAAAGGCCCCUCUGACAGCUACUUCUGUUUGACCCAGUUUUGUAUCCGCUUUGUCCAUAUUUGGCUAACACCGCCCCUUUCCUCUGAUUGGUUGCGUCCGUGUAGAAGACCCACUUGUGAGAGCACAUGCAUUUGUUAUGUUGACAGCGCUGGCUCAGGAGCGGAAAGGUAGCGGUCCUCAGAACUGUGAGGGAGAUGCUCUAACCAGUCGUCCACCGUGCCGCCUUGACAAAAUAUGCCCCCUUUAAAUAUAACUGUACUUUGGCAAUGAUUCCACUUGGUACUCGUACUACAUAAUCUCAUGUAAAAUUAACAAUGGUUAUUUUCUAAUUUUUUUAUGAGCAAUAAGAUGUAAGUGAUUUUAAAAGCAUGGUAAGCAGGCUCGCUCACGUGGUGUGUGAAAGAAUCACUGAAAUAAAUGUUCAAACUGCAUGUUAUAUUGUCUUUUUUUUUUUUUAUCCAAUGCAGUACAUUUGUUAAAUACAGUUACGUUGUAUUACAUUGAAAAUUAAUAUUUUUUUUAAUGAGCACUUGGGCCUACUACGAUACUGUAUUUUAAUGUUAGCCAUUAUGGUGGUACUUGGAGAGCUAAGUAUUUUUUGAUGUGGUACUUGUAACUUGAUGUAAAACGUCGAAGAAACACUGGCGUCAACCUAUGAAACUACAACUCCCGUCAUUACAAAGACACCAUCCUAGGGGUACGUUCGGAAAUUCACUCCAAGUGCGCUCUCUCUCCGGAACGUUCGGCAACUCAGAGAGUUGUUAAAUUGUGCCGUUCGGUUAUUCAUUCCCUCGCUCUGACUGAGUAGACAGAGCGGCCGGAACGUCAGGCAGGACGAAAUGUUUACAGGCAGAAGUGACACAUUCAAUAUGGUGGACGCGCUCGUUCGCUCAUAAAUUCAUAGAAAAUUGAGCGCGCUCUGGCUCGUUGAACACAGCACUCUCAGAGCGCAGUGAGAGCGUCAAAUUGCAUUUCCUAGUCGAUGGCGCUUGAAAGUGACGUCACCGUCGUUAUAAAUCCAACCCUCGUAUUUCGUCACAUCCUCUUUCCGUUGCCCUUUUCGCUGUGAGACUCUUCUCCGCACGAUGAGAGCUAAGUGGAGGAAGAAGCGCAUGCGCAGGCUGAAGCGUAAAAGGAGAAAGAUGAGGCAGAGGUCAAAGUAAAUCCUCAUCGUGUCAGCUGCAGCCUGUUGGACUUUCUUGUAUGACUGAAUUGGAUCCACUGGGCCACCUCCAACUUGGUUUCUGACAGCAACACCUCAUCCACCUACCUGUGAAAGUCUACAAGAUGGCACCAACCCUGGCACUAGACAUCAGAGCUGCUGUUUUGCUUCAUGGACCAUGAAACAUCUUGUUUAUCUGGCAACUGUCAUGGUGUAUUGAACAAUAAAUGAACACUGUUCCAAA